CCUUUUUUGGUUUUUCAGUACUUAACUUUUCUAUCGUUUCCUUCCUUCGCUGGGAUUCUUUCCUUAUUUCUUCUCUCUGAAACCGGUCCCCUCAAAAACUCAUCCAAACAGAGUCUGCAUCACCCGCAAACACAGAGAGACUGAUCGCCGCGUGUUUUUUCCGGCCAGUUUGUCCUGUACUAGUGCAGUAGUCGCUGUUGCGUUGCUGAUGACUGCUUAUUUGGCUCCCUCAUCUUGAGUUGUCAUUGUACUUUGGACUUCACUUUUGUAGAUUAUGGAGAGCUUGGCCCAGUUGGAAGCAGCAUGUGAAACACUUUACAAUUCCCAGAAUUCGGCUGAACGAGCUCAGGUUGAGAGCGCACUUAAAUGCUUUUCUGAGAACACUGACUACAUUAUGCAAUGCCAGUUGAUUCUGGACAACGCAUCAAGUUCUUAUGCGCUAAUGCUGGCUAGUUCGAGCUUAUUGAAGCAAGUGACAGAGCAUAGCCUUCCUUUGCAGCUUCGGCUUGAUAUUCGAAAUUACAUUAUGAAGUAUCUGGCCAAUAGAGGGCCUGACUUGGAGCACUUUGUCGUUGUAUCUAUAAUCCAACUAUUUUGUCGAGUUACAAAGCUUGGGUGGCUCGAUGAUGAAAGAUUUAGGGAAGUGGUUAAUGGGGUUAUGGACUUUCUGAGUCAGGCACCACGUCAUUAUGCCAUUGGUUUGAUGAUAUUGAAUCAACUUGUCUCUGAGAUGAAUGAGUGCAAGACAGGAUUGCCUGCUAUUAUGCAACGCAAAAUAUCCAGUGACUUCAGGGACAAGUCACUCUUCCAGAUUUUCAAAAUCUCUCUAACAUCUCUGAAUCAAGUUAAAAAUGAUGUUGGAAGCAAGCUGCAGGAGCUUUCUCUGUCUCUUUCCCUUAAAUGUUUGUCAUUUGAUUUUAUGGGGUCAUCUUAUGAUGAAAGUUCAGAUGAGAUUGGUAGCAUCCAGAUCCCUAUGUCCUGGAGACCAGUUAUGGAGGACCCCUUGACUCUACAGAUCUUUUUUGAUUAUUAUGAGAACUAUUUUUCAAAGGAGGCUUUAGAGUGCUUGGUGCGAAUGGCUUCCAUAAGACGAUCCUUGAUUACAGAUGAUUCGACUCGAAAGAAGUUUUUAGCCCAAUUAAUGGCCGGAACCAAAGAAAUUCUACAGAGGGAGAUAGGUCUUGCUGAUCAUGAUAACUAUCACGUCUAUUGUCGUCUUCUGGGACGGUUUAAGUUGAACUAUCAGUUACCAGAACUUAUAAGCGAUGAAAGCUUUAGUGAUUGGAUGCAUUUAGUGGCGGAGUUCACAUUGAAGUCUUUGCGGUCAUGGCAGUGGGCCAGCACUAGUGUUUACUACCUCCUUGGGCUGUGGUCCAGAUUGGUGUCAUCUGUACAGUAUUUGAAGACUGACUCACCAAACAAUUUGCACGAAUAUGUGCCCAAAAUAAUAGAAGUUUUCAUUUCUUCAAGAUUUGAUUCUUUUCUGUCCAAGGUUUCAGAUGAACUUUCCGAGGAUCCACUUGACAAUCCUGAACUUCUUCAGGAUCAGCUUGAUUUCUUUCCUCACCUCUGCAGAUUUCAGUAUGAAAGCUGUGGUACGUAUAUAAUCAAGAUAAUGGAGGCGCUAAUGCAUACAUAUAUAGGGGCAGCAAGCCUUAAGACCCUUGCACAUGGUAAUGAACUAUCUAUUAUUGAAGGAAAACUUUCUUGGAUGGUGCAUAUAGUUGCUGCUAUUCUCAGGACCAAUUAUAAUGGCACUAGUGGGGAAUCGCAGGAAAUUUUUGAUGCAGAACUUUCAGCUCGUGUUUUGCAGUUGAUAAAUGUCAUGGACACAGGGCUACACAGUCAGAGGUAUUGUGAGUUAAGCAAACAAAGACUUGAUCGUGCAAUUCUGAUAUUCUUUCAACUUCUGAAGAAAUCUUACAUCGGAGAUCAAGCUAUGCAUUCUUCCAAACAGUUUUAUGAUCUACUUUCUAAGAGUCUUGGUAUCCAUGAUCAUCUUAUGCUUUUGAAUACUAUUGCUGCAAAAAUUGCUAUAAACCUCCAGUCUUAUGCAGAGAGUGAAGAGGUUAUCAAUGAAACCUUAAGUCUCUUUUUGGAAUUGGCAUCUGGAUAUAUGACAGGAAAGCUCCUCCUGAAGUUGGACAGAAUUGAAUUCAUAAUCACACAUCACAAAGGAAAGCAUUUCACUUUCUUAGAAGAUUACAGACACUCCCGUAGCAGAACAACUUUCUAUUACGCCAUUGGUCUGUUGAUAUUCAUGGAAGACAGCAUCUUGAAAUUUAAGUCUUCAAUGGAUAGUCUUUUGCAGGUAUCUGUUCAUUUGGAGUCGAUUCCUGAUGCUAUUUUCCGCUCGGAUACUGUAAAAUAUGCAUUGAUUGGUUUGAUGCGAGAUCUUAGAGGAAUAGCAAUGGCCACAAAUAGCCGCAGAACAUAUGGAUUCUUUUUUGAUUGGCUAUAUCCAGCACACAUGCCACUUCUAUUGAGAGGCAUUGCACAUUGGACCGAUACCCCAGAGGUUACAACCCCGUUGUUGAAAUUUAUAGCUGAGCUGGUGCUGAACAAGUCACAAAGAUUGACUUUCCAUUCAUCAUCUGCUAAUGGUAUAUUGCUUUUUCGAGAAGUCAGCAAAAUAAUUGUAGCUUAUGGAUCAAGGAUUUUGUCUCUUUCGAACCAAGCAGAUAUGUAUACCUUCAAAUACAAGGGUACAUGGAUUUGCUUGACUAUUCUUACUAGAGCAAUGGCUGGAAAUUACGUCAACUUUGGUGUGUUUGAACUUUAUGGCGACAGAGCACUUGUUGAUGCACUUGAUAUUGCACUAAAGAUGACAUUAUCCAUUCCUUUGUCUGAUAUAUUGGCAUUUCAAAAGCUUAUGGUGGCGUACUUUGCAUUUUUGGAGGUCCUGUUGAGCAAUCAUUUGGGAUUCAUGUCUAAUCUAGAUACAAGCACUUUCACCUACUUUGUUGGAUCGCUUGGUGGAGGCCUUAAAAGCUUGAAUGCAAAUAUCUCUACACAGUGUGCUUCAGCCGUUGAUAGCUUGGCUUCCUUUUAUUUCAUCCACAUUACAAUGGGGGAGUCACCCGCUUCAACCACUGCCCUUAAUCUUGCUCGACAUAUUUCAGAUUGUCCUGGUUUACUUCCAGAAAUUUUGAAGACUCUCUUUGAGAUAAUUUUAUUUGAAGACCGUGGCAAUCAGUGGAGUCUUAGCAGAGCAAUGCUGAGCUUGAUACUUAUAAAUGAAGAGAUGUUCACCAACGUGAAGGCCUCACUUUUAGCUUCACAACCAGCAGAUCAGCAACAGAGGCUCUCCUUGGGCUUUGAGAAAUUGAUGGCUGACAUAAGCCGGAGUGUAGAUACGAAGAACAGGGAAAGAUUUUCACAAAAUCUGACCAAGUUCAAGAAUGAAUUCCGCUUCAAAUAAUUUGAAAUGUACCGGUGUACAUAAGGGCCAGAGAUUCCACCGUAAGAAAAAAUAAAGAAAACAAAAGGUUUUUUAAAAAAAGGUAGGAAAACGUGCAAAAGAAAUCUGAGUGAACUACUGAAGUAGAAGAAAAUUUUGAAAAGAGACAUCCUCGCGUGCUGCUUGAUGUCUUGUGUGAAAAAUGUUAUUAUUUUCUUGUAGUAUAUUUUAUCAUAGUGUUAGAAAAUAUGGGAUGGUUUAGUGGAUAUUUGUUUUGGUGGCGGAUGUUGCGGUUGUCAGAUGAAGCUGCCUCCUGUUACAAUUUUUGUGUCAAAGAUGCGCUUGAGAGUGUAAAAGUUACUUAUAUUCAAAGGUAUUUUUGCUCUCAUUUACUUCUGCAAAAGCUUAUACAAUAAAGAUGAUACGUUUUCAUCUUGGUUUUA